UUGGGCCGCAGCUUCGAUGAAGAGUGUACCGUCCGCUAAGCUAAGCUAAGCUAAGCAAUGAACGCACGCACAUGACUAGCGGACCUGCUACGCACCGGCUUGCGUCUGGAAGCAAAUCUCAACGAAUACACCGUCCAAACGCUCCAUGGAUCUAACACAGCAGAUCAACCAGUUGGAGGCAGACUUGGUGGAGCUGGGUUCUCUCGCGGAGAAGGCGGAGAGGAAGAGGGUGCAGGAGCUGCUCAAGCAAGAGCGCAUGAAGGUUGAGAAAGAGCUCGCCGCCAAGCGUCAACAGCAAGAGCAACAAGCCCGCAGACAGACAGACCCGGCGUCAUCUUCCAAGGCCGUCGUGUACACGGUCAAGAUUACCAAUUAUGCCUGGGACCAGUCGGAGAAGUUUGUGAAAAUUUACCUCACGUUGAAAAAUGCGCACAUGAUUCCAUCUGAGAAAGUGGAAGUCAAUUUUACCGAAAGGUCAUUUUCUGUGCUAGUGAAGGAGCUUGACGGAAAGAAUCACCAGAUGAGCGUUCUCAAUCUAUUGUAUCCAAUUGAUGAGGAGAACAGCAGCACCAAGAUAAAAACAGACAUGCUUGUGAUCAUGUGCAAGAAGAAGGCGACCAAGAAGUGGGAAUGCCUCACCACAGUGGAAAAGCAAUCCAAGGAGAAGGAUAAGCCCAAGGCGGACGACAACGCCGACCCCAGCGAGGGCCUGAUGAGCAUGUUGAAGAAAAUCUACACAGACGGAGACGACGAGAUGAAGCGAACCAUCAACAAAGCUUGGUCGGAAUCGCAGGAGAAGAAGAUGAGGGGAGAAGAAGGCAUGAUGGAUUUUUGAGUCUCAGCCAACAUUCCACCAGAGCAGAACUACAUGAGAUCUGAUUGUGACCAAAUGAGAUUGAACUUUCAUGACGUGACCUAAAGAAUAUACAACCGCUAUGACUAGGCCGCCAACACCCGUGUUGAACAUGUUCUAAUUUAGCUUGGGCCAAAGCGGCACGUUCAGAAAAUGACAUUUGUCCUGUACAACAUAUACAACACAUCAAAUUAGACCUGAUAUUAAAAAGAAAAGAAAAAAGAUUGACAUGCGUGCUGACCAUCAUCGCUCUUGGUUUUGUUGGCAUUCUCUAAGUACAUAUUGGUAGCCAUGAGGUUGGAGCCGUUUUCAAAGUUUGUUUGGGUUUGUGUGCAGCAUGAUGUCAUUUGCCAUUGUCUUUUUUUUGGAGGGGGUGGUCAUAUUGUUCUUCUUUUACCCUUUUCUACUUGUUUUUGCAGUUCUCAUGACCACAUUUUUAAGAUAAUAUUGUUUUAUUUGAUUCUAUUCCAUCACAAACACUGUAUUUAGGUUA